CACAUUAGGGUUCAGGGUCUUCAGACUCGUCACGCACAUCAAAACCCUUGGGAGAGCUCCGCCGUCGUUUUGAAGUAGCUGCACCUUUUCCCCACCCAAGAUGAGGGCCAAGUGGAAGAAGAAGAGGAUGAGGAGGUUGAAGAGGAAGCGCCGAAAGAUGAGGCAGAGAUCGAAGUAGGCACCUUUGGGGUCUCUCAAUCUGCACCAAAGCUUCUGCUGGAGUUUUUGUAGACGUGGAGCCUCUAGGAUGUUUAUGAGUGAUUAGUUCCUUUCUCUUCGUAGAUUGGGAUUAUGACUAUCUUUAUGUUAUGUUGUUAAUUUCCAGUGUCUUUGAAUUAUGUGUUUUGAACUUAAUGGCUCUAUUAGUUUUUGUCGAACUAGUUCAUGGAUCUUAUGAUACUGAAGCUUUUGUUUAAUCAUAUAUUAUGGAUUGCUUGUUCUUCUUAUAGCUCUUGUUUUGUGAUUUGUUAUUUGCAA